AUGGAGUCGGCACUGCCUCUUAAGCACGCACUGCUCUACACCGUGUUUGGGCACACGCGCGCCGUUACAUGUGCAAAAUUUUCUCCCAACGGCGAGCUAUUUGCUACGGGCAGCGCAGAUGCAUUUGUGAAUAUCUGGGAGAUGCGCACGGGGCGUCUUUUGCACGCUUUGCGCGGUCAUGAACAGGGCAUUAAUGCACUGUGUUGGACUGAGGAUGGUGCGUACGUUGCGACUGCGUCAGACGACCGCACUGUCCGCGUCUGGGACAGAGAUACAGGCGAGCAAGUCCGCGUCUUUACAGGGCAUACCUCCUACGUAUUCUGCCUCGCGUGCCACCCACUCAGUACCAUGCUUGUAAGCGGAGGAUUUGAUGAGACGAUCCGGGUAUGGGAUGUACAGCGUGGGACAUGCCACCAGACGAUUGCCGCACACUCCGAGGCAGUCACCGGCGUCGACUUUAGCACGGACGGAACCAUGAUCGCCAGCUGCUCCUACGACGGACUGAUUCGUGUAUGGGAUACACGCGCAGGCCAUUGCCUGCGUACGCUGCAGCACAGCGAUAUGCAGCCCGUGACCUCGGUCCAGUUCUCCCCUUCGUCGCUGCAGCUGCUCGCAGCCAGCUUGGACAGUGCGGUGCGCCUCUGGGACCUUGCAAAUGCACGCGUGCUCAAGACCUACACCGGGCACGUAAAUACCAAAUUUGCUACGAAUGCGCUAUUUGUGCUGGGCCAUGCCGACCACAUACAUCCCCGCGCUUUCGUCGCUGUAGGCAGCGAGGACCGCUGCGUCUACCUCUGGGAUUUGCAGACAAAACAAACGGUACAAGUUCUGGAAGGCCACCGCGAUACCGUGUCCUGCCUAGCAGCGCACCCCACCCUUCCGCUCCUCCUCACCGGCGGCUUGGACAGCGCCGCGCACGUCUGGCUCGCGACGCGCGAUAUCACCGGCACUGCAGACGAAGCGCGUUCCGUACUUGCCACGGAUGGCGCGCGUGGAAAGCAGGUAGCUGUCAGUGUUGAUGCUGCGCCUCUGUCUUCGUUGCAUGCGCCGCUUUCGCUUGGCUCGCAAAGCAACACGCGGUCCAGGACGUACACGUUCGAUCAUGUGUUUGGCCCAGACGCCGACCAAGGCAUGGUGUACCAAGAUGCGGUCAGUGGCGUGCUGGAUGAGGUGCUAUUAGGGUAUAACUGCACCGUGUUUGCCUACGGCCAAACGGGCACAGGGAAGACGUACACCAUGGAAGGCGAUCUUUCUUCCAGCACCGGCACGUACGCUUCCGACGCGGGUGUUAUUCCACGCACCCUCUUUCGCCUUUUCCACAUGCUCGAGACCAAGGAAGAGGAAUUUAGCGUGCACAUGUCCUUUGUUGAGCUGUACAAUGAGGAGCUGCGCGACUUGCUGAGCAGCGAAGCGCCAGCGGCCCAAAAUACGGGCCUGCGUAUGUACGAAGACAAGCAGCGCGGUGUGGUGCUGCAAGGACUGGAAGAGAUCCCACUGCGCAAUGCAGAGCACGGCCUGCGCCUGCUACGGCGUGGGAGUCAGAAACGGCACAUUGCCGCUACGCGGUGCAACGAAAGCUCCAGCAGGUCGCACUGUGUCUUUUCCCUGCUGGUCCUUGUCAAGGACCGCAGCGCGCGGGGAGAAGAAGUGAUGCGCACUGGAAAGCUCAACCUUGUCGACCUUGCCGGCUCGGAAAACAUUGGGCGCUCUGGCGCAGAGAACAAGCGCGCGCGCGAGGCCGGGAUGAUCAACCAAAGUCUGCUCACCCUGGGUCGUGUGAUCAACGCACUUGUCGACAAGAGCAGCCACAUUCCGUACCGCGAGUCGCGCCUCACGCGCCUAUUGCAGGACUCGCUGGGGGGCCGAACAAAGACGUGCAUCAUUGCCACCGUCUCGAACGACAGGACCAAUAUGGAAGAGACGCUUUCCACACUGGACUAUGCACUCCGCGCCAAGUCGAUCAAGAACAAGCCAGAACUAAACCAGCGCAUGACGCGCGCGGCGCUUGUAAAAGACUACGUCGCAGAGAUUGAUCGGCUGCGCGCGGAUCUCGUCGCAACGCGCGAAAAGAACGGCGUGUAUGUCGACAAGGAGCACUGGGACGAGCUUCAAGCGGAGCGAGUGACGUACGCAAAGCUUGCAGAGGAGCAGCGCAGGAGCAGCGAGGUGGCGCAGAGCAAACUGGCCAGCAUGCACGAGCAGCUCGCACACAACGCACACCUGCUCGCACGCCGCGACACGGAAAUGGCGCACGCCGAGAGCUUGCACAAGGCGCGGAUCGAAGCGCUGGAAGCGAGUUUCGCACAGGUCACGCAACUCACUGGCGCACUGCAGCGCGAGACAACGCUGCACAAUGCACGCGCGCGCAACGAGAAACGACUGCACGAGAUUGCCUUAUCUUUGCAACGCGUCGUCGACGAAUCGACGCGCGAUGUCGACGCGCUCUUUGCAAAGCUUGCGCGCCGCUCGGAUGCAGAGAAGGAAGCGCGCACUAUGCUGGGCACGUACUACGAGCAGAUCGAAGCUGUCAGCGCGGAUCUCGCCGCACGCGCUGCCAAGCUCGACCAGGUUGCGAGCGUUCGUGCGGCCUCCAGUGCUGCUCUACUCGAUAACCUGGUCCAGCGCAUUGACACGGAGCGUGCAGAGCUCCGUGCGGCCAUCGGCGCGCAGCUCGAGGCGCUUGUUGUGCGCCUCGCGGAGCAGGUACCCGCCGCCGACGCUGCAGUUCUCAGCGCGCGCUUUGCCAGCGCGCGCACGCAGAUUGCCAGCGAAGUUGACGAGCACUUUUGCACGCUGCACGACGCACACGCCGACGAAAUGCAAGAGUUUGCGCGCGAAAUGGAUGACCACACGGCGCUGGUGCAUGCGCGACUUGGCGAUGCUGUGCGCAUAUGCACUGCAUUUACAGAGCAUGUGCGUGCACAAGCCGAGCCGCUCGAGACGGGCCUUGCUGCGCUGCAGCAGCAUACCCGAUCCAGCGCCGAGCGCGAAUGGCAGCGCACCACGGAGCAGAAUGAGCUUCUCCAGCGCCUUUUGCAUGUCGAGAAAGACAAGACCGGCGAGCUGCGCCGCUCGCUCCUCCACGUUCUCGACGGUUUUGAGGGAGAGCGUGAGAAACGCUUUGAGCAAGCGAUGCACGCAACACAGUCCCACUACAGCGCCACAAAGCGCUCGCUGCACGAGCAUGGGGUGGGCCAGGAAACGUGUGUGGGCGCACUGCGUGCUUUGCACGUUGCGCUAUGCGACCAGGCGACAGAGACGCGCAAUGCCUUGCCCGAUACCCCACUCGACGCACGCCCUGCAUCCCUCGUUCACGAGCAUAUUUCCGCACACGCCGCGCGCCUUGAUGAGUGUGCACUGCAGCUGAAACAAGACGCGUCGCUGGAUGCGCUGGAGGCGGAUGUGUAUGCGAGCGCCCAGUCCUUAGUCGCCUCGGCGAAUGCACAGAGCGGCGAAUUGGCUGCACACGCCGUUGACGAAGUGCGCGCCGCGCUGGAGCGCCAUGCCUUGGCGAGCCGCGCCCAGGAAGCGACGACAUGUGACGCGGAUCUUGCUGCGUUCCGCGACGAGGCAAGUGCUGCACUGCACGCUGCGUCGGGCCACAUGCAGGUGCUGGAAAAAAGCUUUGUGCCGUUCCUCGGCGCGCGCUUUUUGGCCGCAUCUGUGUCUGGCGACACGCCGCAAAAACACGCGUAUGCUGUGCCCACGCUUGUCGAGCCCGUUCCGAGCGAUCGCGACGUGGCGCUGGCAUGGCUCGAGCAAGUCGACGUAGCCAGCUCGCCCAUGCCGCUGCGCUCCAUUGAGAAUGUGGCGCUCCGGCCGCAGCGGGCCGAGACGCGUGUCAAAGAUACCAGUUUGUAG